UGCUCGUUUGACUUUCAGUUUAGUUUUUCCUGAAAAGAUAAUAAAAAAAAAUAGCUGUGGGAGGAGACGAGAGAGGCUGAUGUUUACAGUUAGUUUGACUUUAGUUUUUCUUUUUCCGGUAUAUUCCGGCUACGGAUGUUUUGUGAGGGAACCAUGGCUGGUAACGUUAUUCCUCUUCAGGAACCAUUUGCCAACAUAAAGGGGCAGUUUUAUUCCACUCUGAAGCAAGUCCUUCAGAAUAAAUUUGGGUGUCAGCCCAUCUUCGAAGGUGUGGAUUUUAAGGAAUAUUCUAUCACAGCACAGGCAACUAACCCGAGUGUUAUCCGAGAGAAAAGGUUCACUGGUGUACUUCCUGGAGGUGUUUUGCUGUCUGUGUGGAAGGACGAUCUCAUCAAUGUCAGAGUUGAUGCUGUUGUGAACGCUGCAAAUACCCAGCUGGAGCACCACGGCGGGCUGGCUCAGUCCCUGUGUCUUGCCGGUGGUCCAAAGAUCCAGUUUGAGAGUCGUUAUUUCAUAAAACGCAAUGGAGAGUUGAACACAGGAGAUGCAGUUGAAGGUACUGCUGGUCAUUUACCCUGUAAAGCCCUCAUCCAUGCUGUAGGUCCUUGUCUGUCACCGUAUCCUACAUCGACUGAAGUUGCCCUCGCUGAGCCGCUGUUGAAGAAAGCUAUCAAAAACGUUCUGAAGAUUGUUGUAAAACAACAAUUUAAGACUGUUGCCAUCCCCGCCUUAAGCUCUGGAAUUUUCAACUUCCCACGGGAUCGAUGUGCGGACAUCAUUGUGUCAACAGUGAAGCACUUCUGUCAAAACCCCAGGGGUAUUGAGGAGAUCCUCUUGGUGAACAACGAUGAGCCCACUGUUUGGGAGAUGGAGAGAGCGUGUCGUCAGCUGCUCACCUCCAACCAGCCCCUAACCUCCAACCAGCCCCUCACCUCCAACCAGCCCUUCACCUCCAACCAGCCCUUCACCUCCAACCAGCCCCUCACCUACAGCCAGGCAGUGGCUGAUAAAAAUGUCUCUCCUUCCCUACAGUUAGGGAGCGUUCUAAUGACGCUGAAAUGGGGUAAAAUUGAGGAACAGAAGACAGAUGUCAUUGUCAACUCUGUCUCAGCAGACCGAGAUUUUACUAAAGGUGCUAUUUCCAGUGCCUUGUUAAAUAAAGCAGGUUUUGCAAUAUGGGAAGAGCUGAAAUUAGCGAAACAAAAUGGAUCAAUCUUUGUGACAUCAGGCCACGCCCUGCAGUGUAAACAGGUGUAUCACACUUUAUAUAUCUACAAGGGAGAUCCUGCGGCACAACAGCUCCUGCGUGCCGCUGUGUUUGAAUGUUUAUGGAUGGCGUUUUUAUCCCAAAUGAGAUCUAUUGCCUUUCCAGCCAUCGGCACUGGAGGCCUUCAAUUCAGCAACAGAGAGGUUGCCAGCAUAAUGGUCAGUACGGUGGCGGAGUAUGCUUGGAAUUCCCCAGAAGCCCUGAAAGUUGAUUUCAUCAUUUUUCCAUCGGACAUGGACACGUAUAAGGCCUUCGAGGAGGCAAUGACAUCUAUCAUUUCGGGGACAUCAACCUCUACACCAGCCUUGGAGCAGGGAGGUCCUGUAAAACAUGCACCAUGCAUCAGAUUGAAUGGACCAUCUGACGAAUCCAAUCUGGAGGCCAAACGAUGGCUGAACGACAUUUUCACACACUCUGGCGUGGUCACCAUCCGCAACAACUUCAUCCAGCAUUUUGGGGAAGAGGAUUAUACGAAGCUGUUCCUGAGCCAUAAGAGCGUUUCCAUCCAGGAGUCAUUUGACAAAGGUCAUACAGAGAUGACGAUAACGGGGAAACCAUGUGACGUUGCGUAUGCCGCUGUGCAGGUGGAGGCCAUGUUAUGCAGAAUCCACAAGUCCUUUGUCCAGGAGGAGAGGAGGGCCAUGUCUGUGAUGACAAAGAAAAGGGUGACGUUCCAAAGAAAGACGGUUGAUCAUAACAACCCCACAUACCUGAAAAUGGAGUCUGAUUUCAUAAAGGAGGGUUUGUUCAUUUUAAAGGUGGAAAAAGUGGAAACACCGACCCUGCAGGUGUUAUUUGACCUGAAGAAAACCCAGCUCCAGUGCUUGAGUUCUCAAAAAAUGUUUCAGCUCGUACCUUCACAAUUCUGUGACACGGUCUGCCAGAUCGGAUUUCACACAGAGUGUGCGCCACCUACAGAUCCAGCGUUUGGAGAGGGUAUCUACUUCUCUGGAAGUGUGAGGAAGGCCUUGGAAGUCUGGAGGGAGAAGCAUGAGGAGUACCUGUACUUUGUAGAGGCAGACGUUCUGACAGGAAGGUCCACUCCUGGCAGACCAGGUAUCAUUGAGCCGCCAGUCACUGACACCAACCCAAAAGUUCUGUUUGACAGUUUAAGCGGAGGACCAGAAGUCUCCGUAGUGUUCAGCACUUAUCAAGCUGUGCCCAAGUACAUUAUCACGUGUAGUAACAUAGACGAGUGAUUCCCAACCACUGUGCCGUGAGAGAGCAUUAGGUGUGCUGCAGAAAAUUAUCCAGUUUCACGGUAAUCGGUUGGAAACUAUUAUUUUUUGCAAAUACUUUUUCUUUGUAUGUCAAUGCAUAGUGACAGACAGAACAAUUAAAUAUUCCUUCACUAGAUGGCAGCAGAUGGCUACAAAAAAUAGAGAAAAAAAGUUUACAAGGAAGAUCUUCUUCAAUUCCUGUAAGUAUAACUGCAUUGUUUUCAACUAAACAGGCAGACUUUGUAAAGUCACACUCAGUAAAAUGUGAGUACAUUUAAACUUAAGUAUAUUUAUUUACUUUUUUUGUGAGAUUUGAGAUUUUUGUUUGGUGGUGUGCCGUGUGGUGUUUUAAAUGAAACUCUGACCUAAACCUUCUGACUGUAGGUGUGAACAUCGCUACAGUAGAGUCAUGUAAUGCAUUCCAACCAACUCUGGUUGUUUUUUUUUUACAGAUUUCUGUUUUUCUUUCAUUGUAAACUGGGUAUUCAACAGUCAUCACUAUGCCAUCUCAAGUAGACUAAUAGAAAAUUCAGGAUGUAGUAGUUAGAGGUGAAAAAGUACCUGUUACAUGUUCAAUAUCAAAAUAAUAAUAAAAAAUCAGUACUGUGCA